AUGGCGGAUAAGAUUGUGAUCGAGAGUGCUGCUACAGCUAUGAACAAUAUCAAUAUGCUUGAGAAGAAGAAGGAGGAUCAUAUUCGUGUCAAGUUUGUUAAUCAGAUGAAUGCCAUCAGCAAUAAACUUGACAAUAUGCAGCUCUCCUCUCCUGCAAGUGUUGCUGCUUUGGGUGAUGGCAGUAUAUGGAGCGAUGAAGUAGAUGCUAUUGAGAGGAUGCUAGCAAGUGAAGAAUCUGACUUCUUGGAUGCCAACAGCCAACUUUCCAAACUUCUAGUUGUUCUGAAAAAUCACAAGAAGGCUAUAGGGUACAGUAUUGAUGAUUUGAAGGGUAUUAGCCCCGAUUUUUGUAUGCACAGGAUACACCUCGAGGAUGACCAUAAGCCAUGCAUUCAACCACAAAGGAGAUUGAACCCAAACAUGCAGGAAGUGGUCAAGAAAGAGGUGAUGAAACUACUCGAUGCAGGUAUUAUCUACCCUAUUGCUGACUCUAAGUGGGUAAGUCCUGUCCAAGUAGUACCGAAAAAAGGUGGCAUGACUGUUGUGAAAAAUGAAAAGAAUGAGUUAAUCCCUACUAGAACUGUGACUGGAUGGCGUAUGUGUAUAGACUAUAGGAGACUCAACAUGGCCACUAAAAAGGACCACUUCCCUCUACCUUUUAUUGACCAAAUGCUUGAACGGUUGGCUUGUCAUAAAUACUUUUGCUAUUUGGAUGGGUAUUCAGGUUUCUUCCAAAUUCCCAUUCAUCCUGAUGAUCAAGAAAAGACCACAUUCACAUGCCCUUAUGGCACUUUUGCAUAUCGUAGAAUGCCCUUUGGUUUGUGUAAUGCCCCUGCCACCUUUCAACGCUGCAUGAUGAGUAUCUUUUCUGAGUUCAUCGAGUCUAUCAUGGAAGUCUUUAUGGAUGAUUUUAGUGUGUAUGGUUCCACGUUCGAUACAUGCUUAGUUAACUCACUAAAGUCCUGA